AUGACAUCUUCACAAAAUGAAAUGCGUGUUGUUCUAAUUGGAAGAACAGGCAAUGGAAAAAGUUCCACUGGCAAUUCAUUAUUACAUUCCCGAAGUGCUUUUCAUGCUACACAAUCUGGUCAAUCAAUUACAAAAGAUUGUAAGCCUGGACGAUAUCAACAUACAGAUACUUAUGGUCAACAAAAAACUCUUACUGUUGUUGAUACGCCAGGUUUUUUUGAUACAAAUACAGCGAUUACUAAUGAAGCGGUUGAAAAAAAAAUUGCAUCUCAAAUUUUCGAAAUGACGACACCAGGUGUUCAUGCUUUUUUGAUCAUCACCCGUGUUGGCCGGUUUACACCUGAAGAAAAAAAUACAGUCGAUUUUAUUCGACAUAUUUUUGGUCCGGAUGCAAUUAAAUAUUGCAUUGUGGUCAUUACUGGUGAAGAUCAACUUGAGGAAGGACAAAAUCUAGAUGAGUUUGUUAAUACAUCACCGGCAUUACGCGAUUUGGUUCAAGCUUGCGAUAAUCGAAGAUUUGGUAUAAAUAAUAAAUUAAGUGGGCAACCAUUGGAAAGAAAAACUAAUCAAUUAAUUGAAAUUAUUGAUAGAAUGAUAAGAAAUAAUAAUGGAAGUUAUUAUACGAAUGAUGAAUAUCAACGCAUUGAAAGAAAACGACAAGAAGAAAAGAGAAAAAAAGAAGAAAACGAACGUCGACAAAAAAAAGCUGAAGAAGAUGCUGUAGUAGCACGAACAAGAGAAGAAGAAAGAAAAAAAAGCGAAGAAAAAAUGCGAAAAGUUCGAGAAGAAGAACAACAAAAAGCUGAACAACGUGAAGGAGAAUUAAAGCGCGAAUUAGAUUCAGCUCGACAGUCUCAAAGAAGAAAUAAUGAUGGUGACGGCAAUAAUAUUAAUUCACUGAUUCGCGCACUUCAGUCUUCAGGAUUAGGAGGGGGUAUGUCACCAAUGAAUGGCAGCAUGGGCAUGCCCUUUUCACCCAUGAGUUCUGGUAUGGGUAUGCCCUUUUCACCAAUGAGUUCUGGCAUGGAAAUGCCAUUUCAAACAAUGGGAUCUGGUGGCUCCCGCAUAGGAAGUGCACAUGGCGGUCGAUUUACGGGUGAAUUUAUGGCUACGAGAGGUGCUGCAAAUGGUCGAGCUAUUUAUGAAGGAUCACGUGGUGGACAAUACCAUAUGACUCCAGGUGGUAACAAAAGUUACGUACGCAAGUGA